GUCCGCUACACUGAUGCAAAAUGGCUCACUGCUGCUCCUGCUUGGAAUUCUCUGCACGUCCCUGAUGGUGUCAAACUCACGCAAACGGACACACAGAAAUAGCGGAGGGGGAGGGGGAUGCUGAGCCGCUCCAGUGAACCCAGUAUGGAUGCUGACGUAGGAAACUGGGAUGGGCGGAGCUUGGGGUUCGUAUUGAAUCUCCGGGGAUCACCGACACCGGCUGGUCUGUGUCGUUCAUUCAUCGGUGGAAUUAUUCUGCUCCGAAAUUAGCCGUUCCACCAUCAGCCAUCCUGACUCCUCCGAACACCGACUCUAAGGACGCUACUCCUGGCCAUCCUCUGUGGCGGGGCUGCGUGGGAGAAAUGGAUCCUGCUAUCAUGCAACAGAGUGAUAUGCUAAUGUCUUUGCAUCAACAUGGAGGCUACUGGCAUGAAGCACUGGAGCCACAGAUGCACCCUGGAGACAUGAAUCAUUUUGGUGUCCAUGUUGUCAUCACUUGACCAACCAACUGAAUCCAUGGAUGGAAUCGGUGAACUUGGUUCACCAGCCAUACACCUUGAGGUCUGUUAUAUUCUGCUUGCAGAAAAUGUUGUUCCAAGAUGAAGAUUGAUACCAGCCUGAAUAUGCCCCAGCUCCCAGAGGCCCUGUCCCAGGCAGGCCUUCAGUUUACUGUGGCAACUGAGGAGGACUUUGAUGAAAUCAUGGCUAUGAGCCAGGACAUCUAUGGAGGCCUUGACUAUCUACCUACUAGAUACACUAGCUGGCUGCAGGAUACCAACCGUACAGUUAUACUGGCACGCAAACAUGGAAAAGUGAUUGCUCUGGAGUCUGUCUGUGUCAUCGAUGAGGGGGAGACCAUGCUGGUGGAAGGUCUCCGUGUUGCCCCCCAGGAAAGGGGCAAGGGCGUGGCAGGUGUUCUGCUACGCUUUUGUGCUGAGCUGGUUAAAUCUAGGUAUCCAGAGGUCAAAGUGUGCCGCUUGACCCGUGAUGAUAAGCUUGGACCAAAGGACUUUGAAAAGUACCGCAUCAUAACUAAGCAGGGAAUCCUGCUGAUGCGCUUCAGAGCUGAAGACCUCAAGCUGCAUCUCUCUGAAUUUGGUCUAGAAGGAGACAAUGAAUCCACUUUGUCCAGCUUUUGCUCCAGUCCUCCUCCAGUGCGUCUGGACCAUACAGCAAUCCAGCAGCUGUACUUAAACAGUGACCUGAUGCACGGGGUCCUCCCUAACGCAACCAUCAUUCAAGACUGGCAGCCAUUCAAGCUUUUGCCCAGUAACAUGGCAAUCCUACUAAAGAAGGAGAUUGACUGGAUGGUGGAUGAUGUGUCCAAUCCUACUGUGGCCAGCCUCUGUACCUUCCCAUUCAGGGUCCCCAUUGGAGAUGACUGGUAUUACCUGAACAUCGACAUGUUUGGUAAAGACCUCGCCCUGGCUCGACAGCAGUUCUUGUACCACCUGCAGCGCCAUACUGCCACCUUGAAGGGUCAUGUGAUGUGCCAGAUGUUCCUAGACCCACCGCUUUGGAAGGCCAUGGCUGAAUUCUGCCACAACACCCUGAGUGUGGAGCUGGUGAAAGAGUAUACUGAGCAAUGUGUGGUGGAGUGUGAUCUCAUCUAGUUGUAGAAGGUGGAUGCAAAUAAGGAGAAGUUGUCGAGGCAUGACAGGAAGGAAGACAAGGGUUUAAACAACAAGGAAGUAACACAAAUACAAAUAAACACAACACUCUGUACUGAGGAGGAAAAUCAAGUAAACAAAAUGUAGUUUUAGAUACAAAACAAAACCUUGAAGAACUAACAAUACACAGACACAUGAUGGGAACUUAAAAUCAUCUACAUCAUGUAAUCAACUACAAUAGGUCUAUGAUUAAUGCCGAAUUUAUAAAGUUUAUAAUAAUUAACUGGUACACUGGACGCGUUGAUUUUGCUACUGAGGUGUAUUUAACAUGUCGUUUCCUCAAAAACAAGAGAAGGAACAAAAUAACACAAAUACCUCUUUCCAUGGAUCUAAAAUGGACUUGUGGAAAAGCACUAAAACACCCUGUUGUUUUUUUAAAUGAUUUUCAAAGAAUGAUCAAAUCUGAUAGAGUCCAACAGAGUCACAUAGGAUGCGAAUACACGUGAGGAUUAUUGGUCCUGACGAGAGGUCGUGAAUUCAAUCAGAAGUUAGAAAAGUUCUUUAAUUUCACUGAA